AUGGCAGCCCCAUGGUCGCUGGGGGGACCAACCGAGGGGCGAAUACCAAAAGACACCGAGACUGAUGAUAGCUGGGGCUUGGGUGAUGUGCCUGCACAUCGCCAGACCGACGUGUACCUCAUCCAUGAUGUAUGCUGGCAUCGUCUGCUGGGACAUUUCGGCCCCAACGAACUACACCUAGGAAGUCUUUUCGAGGCAUUGGAGCUGUUACCCUAUACGCCGGGCUAUUCUCACCGCACAUGGAGGCCAGAGUCACUCCUAUUCCUCCGCACGAGCUUUGAACAUCAAGAUAUCCGGCAUGAUGGCCGGUUCGGACUGCCUGUAUUGGAGGAGCUCAUGCGCCUCGGGAGAGACCCCCCUCCGGCUGCUCCGUCUACCCACCCACGACGGCGACCGGGCAGGGAUUGCUUCCAGCGUCUGCCCCUGGAGAUUAUCGAAGCGAUCGCCAUCUUGCUACCGGCCCGGGAUGUUUUGCAUCUCCGUUGCGCGUCACGCGGAUUUGUAGCCAUCUUCUUCAGCCGCGCGUUCUGGAAAUCGAGAUUUGAGAUCAAUUCAGAACGCGGAUUCCUGUUGCCCGUUCUCCGCAACUACUUUGAGAGAAGGGGGGGGAGGCAGGCGGAGCGAGAGAUGGACUGGAGGCUGCUCUACCACUGCACCUGUAAGCUGAGCUGUAGUUGGGGAUUUCGCCUGGAGAUUGGUACGUGGGCGGUGCUACGCUGGAUUCGCGACACAGCCAUGGCUCUACAUGCCGGGCGGCCUCGCCCACUCGACUUCCGCGGGAUGGGCCUCUAUCACUAUGAUAAUUCCCUCGAACGGGGUACCUACCGGGAAGUGGUCGAUAUCCACGCUCCAGUAUGCCAGAUUGCGGUGUCCGUGAUGCACGAGACUGCACGGCCUUCCGUCACUGGAUUGGAGUUCUUCUUCGAGGAUGGAUCCAGAGCCAAGUUGGGCUACUCAUGCCGUGGGGCAAGGGAGAUCCAUGGAGAGACACGCUGGAAACACGAGGACAUGCCUAAUCCGUACUUCUAUCCCGGGGUUCGCGUAACGAUCGACAUCGAAAACUUCCAUGGGUUUUCCGUAGGCAGAGAUGAGGCCAGUGUGUGCGGUGUUCUGAUUUUGCCCGGCAUGGGCUACGGUGUAGGCAGUUUCGAUACCCUCGAGCGCUUCGCAGUCGGCGAUUACAUACAGCCCCGGCCAUACCACCCUUGCUACAGCUCUCUUGAUGAAGUAUACCAAGUCACCGCGGUUUCCGAUUCUCAUAAGAUCAUUGAUCUAGGAGUGCUGGGGAGAGGGCGAAGACGCCUCAGUCAGAUAUCCGAAGAGAGAUGGCAGGAAGUAGCCGAAUGGCUCAAGAGGGUGGAACAAAUACCAGCGCACUGGAACUUGAGAUGAGCUUCGAGUUUUAGGCUGAUUGCUGGUCC